AGCCGACUAAGUUGCAUUCCUUGAAUCUUCGCAGAAAAGACAAUUCUUUAAUCAGAGUUAGUAAUGUGGACAGUACAAAAUCGAGAGAGUCUGGGGCUUCUUUCUUUCCCUGUGAUGAUUACCAUGGUCUGUUGUGCACACAGCGCCAAUGAACCCAGCAACAUGUCAUACGUGAAAGAGACAGUGGACAGAUUGCUCAAAGGAUAUGACAUUCGCUUGCGGCCGGACUUCGGAGGCCCCCCGGUGGACGUCGGGAUGCGGAUCGAUGUCGCCAGCAUAGACAUGGUCUCCGAAGUGAAUAUGGAUUAUACACUCACCAUGUAUUUCCAGCAGUCUUGGAAAGACAAAAGACUUUCUUAUUCUGGAAUCCCACUAAACCUCACCCUAGACAAUAGGGUAGCUGACCAACUCUGGGUACCAGACACCUACUUUCUGAAUGACAAGAAAUCAUUCGUGCAUGGGGUCACAGUGAAAAAUCGAAUGAUUCGACUGCACCCUGAUGGAACAGUUCUCUAUGGACUCCGAAUCACAACUACAGCUGCCUGUAUGAUGGAUCUGCGAAGGUAUCCACUGGAUGAGCAGAACUGCACCCUGGAGAUUGAAAGUUAUGGCUAUACCACUGAUGACAUUGAGUUUUACUGGAAUGGAGGAGAGGGGGCAGUCACUGGUGUUAAUAAGAUUGAGCUUCCUCAGUUUUCUAUUGUUGACUACAAGAUGGUGUCUAAGAAGGUGGAGUUCACAACAGGAGCAUAUCCACGACUGUCACUAAGUUUUCGCCUAAAGAGAAACAUUGGCUACUUCAUUUUGCAAACCUACAUGCCUUCUACACUGAUUACAAUUCUGUCCUGGGUGUCUUUCUGGAUCAACUAUGAUGCCUCUGCAGCCAGAGUUGCACUAGGAAUCACGACAGUGCUCACAAUGACAACCAUCAGCACCCAUCUCAGGGAGACCCUGCCAAAGAUCCCUUAUGUCAAAGCGAUUGAUAUUUAUCUGAUGGGUUGCUUUGUGUUUGUGUUCCUGGCUCUGCUGGAGUAUGCCUUUGUAAAUUACAUCUUCUUUGGGAAAGGCCCUCAGAAAAAGGGAGCUAGCAAACAAGACCAGAGUGCCAAUGAGAAGAACAAACUGGAGAUGAAUAAAGUCCAGGUCGAUGCCCACGGCAACAUUCUCCUCAGCACCCUGGAAAUCCGGAACGAGACAGGUGGCUCUGAAGUGCUCACGAGCGUAAGCGACCCCAAGGCCACCAUGUACUCCUACGACAGCGCCAGCAUCCAGUACCGCAAGCCCCUGAGCAGCCGCGAAGCCUACGGGCGCGCCCUGGACCGGCACGGGGUGCCCAGCAAGGGGCGCAUCCGCAGGCGCGCCUCCCAGCUCAAAGUCAAAAUCCCCGAUUUGACUGACGUGAAUUCCAUAGACAAGUGGUCCCGAAUGUUUUUCCCCAUCACCUUUUCUCUUUUUAAUGUCGUUUAUUGGCUUUACUAUGUACACUGAGGUCUGUUCUAAGGGUUCCAUUUAGACUACUUUCCUCUUCUAUUGUUUUUUAACCUUACAGGUCCCCAACAGCGAUACUGCUGUGUUUCUUGAGGUAAGAGAUUCAGCCAUCCAAUUGGUUUUAGGUCUUGCAUAUGUUUUAUUACUGCACCAUGUUUACUUCAAAAAGACAAAACAAAAAAUAAUUAUUUUUUUUCAGUCUACUGUGGUCCAGGUUAUCAGCUCUUUAAGAGCUCUAUUAAUUGCCAUGUUUACAAACAAACACAAAGAGAGAAGUUAGAUAGGUAGAUCUUUAGCAGUCUUUUCUAGUUGUGCCGGAUUUUACUGAUUUAUUUUUUAAGUCAAAAUGAAAAGAGGACCUUGCUGUCCGCCUGCACUGCUUCCUGGUAAACUGUAACAAUCUUACAUUGCCAAAAAAAAAAAAAAAAAAGAAGAAGAAGAAGAAAGAAAGAAAAAAAAAAAAACCACAAUUUCCAGGAUUGCAGAUGAAAAAAACAAAGCCAUUGACAAGUUACAGAUUUCCAGGAAGAAGCAAAAGGAAAAGGAGCUUAGAAAGGAAAGGAAGAUUCCCCACUACCCAUAAAUUCUCCCAUGUCUGUUGUAAAAGGGCUCCACAGCUCCACAGAAGAAGAGGGAAGGAAGGGCACGAGCUGGUCAAGGUUACGCAAUCCCAACCUGACAUCUUCACCGCACCAUUAAGCUGGAUAUUCUGAAAAAUGCUUUUCUCAGACUUCUGGCAAAUUUUAAAUUAACAUUAGAAUCCAACCUGGUUGACCUGGUAGCGAUGGAGAACAUGUUUCUUUUUUUCUUGAGAAUAAGGAGCUUGGAAGGUAAUGACCAUUUUUCUAACUGGCCAUUUCAGAUGUGCAGCCCUGAAUUCAUCUCAUCACCCUGGCUCUCCCUGAUGCUGUGCCAAGAAGCCAUGCCAUCCCAGUUCCAUCAUUCCUGCUCCAGAGAGUGUGGGAGGAAGGGGAUGGUGAGCAAUUUUUGCUUGAGAAAAAUAAUGCCCUUGCCACUAGGAAGGCAAGAUUUAUGUGCUGUGAAAAGGGUGCCUGGGCAGUUAUCUGAACUGCCAAAUCUUAAAUCAAAUAGUAUAUAUUUCUUUGCCUUCUAGAGAGCAGUAUCUAAUGGUGACAGCCUAGUCACACAGGCCUCAGCUGGCACUUUAUGGCUCUGCUCUCUGAGCUCUGCAUUCCACACUGGAACGAAUGCUUCGGAAAAUACACAAACACCCAUGUUGGUGUCAUUCCCCUUCAGGACCAUAUUUCCAUUUUAAAGAAAAUCUUGAAAAUAGCAGAACUACAGAUAAAAACAAGAGCAAUGACAAAAGCAGAACUUCCAACACGUGCACCAGCCCCUAAAGAACAGACCCUGUCUACACUCAUUAAUCACUGUCAUUGCUCCUCUGCCUUAUCUCUACUUGUGGAUUAAUCUUGGUCAUGGUUCUCAUAGAAGGGGCAUCCUUCAGUAGCCCAGCAUAAUUCUAAACAUGUCCAACCAGCUACAGUUGAGAUUCUUCCCAUGUUAUGUCAUUGAAACCUCAUCAUUUUAUUUUUUAACCUUAGUAGCUAAUAAUUCCAUAUGUUCAUUUGCAAGAUUGAAUGGAACCAUAAGCUAACCAAACAGUGAUACAAGAGGUUUGGGACCUGACCCAUGAAUGUGAAAUAGAUUGAGGUAAUAAUUAGAAAUGAUGGCCUGGUUUAAUGAUCUAGCUUUUUCCCAAAGGCUGUGAUGAGGGUCCACGUUUACAAUAGCAUCAGUUUCUGGAAAUUAUAGCCUUCACUGGACAGAUGAUGCUGAAAUCUUACCGGUGAGCUGAAGGGGAGAAAGUUAUGAGAUAUUCAUUUAGAAAGCAAGAGGAAAAGGGAACUUCAAUAUAAAUGAAUAGUUAAGGUUGAAGAUAACAUACAUACAAAGACUCUGCUUUAACUGGAAAAAAAUGAUCUCAGUGGUUUCACGAGAAAAUAAUAGGGUUAUAGGGACCACAUUUUAAUUUAGAUUUUAAUUGUAUUAUCACACUUUCCUGGUCAAGGAAAUCCCCAGCCUUAGAGCAUGAAGUCAUUCAUUUUGAAACUUUUCAGUCCCUUUACAGGGUGAGAUGCUUUGCCAUCAUAAUAUGGCCAAAAACAGUGGCACAUGGCCAUGUCAGUGAUUGUAAGGUUAAUAUUCUGUAAUGACCACAAAGGAACUACUGUGCAGCCAUUUAUUUUAAACACAGGAAGGAACAUUGUUGGCUGAUGCCUAAUAGAAAUGAAUCAUUCUGGGUGUCAAAGCUCUUUUAAAAGCUUUAAGAAAGAAAUGCCAAAUCGGAAAGGAAGUGUCUGUAAUCUAUGUUCCUCAACAAACAAUUUCUUUUUAUUUAUUGAUUUAGAUUAUUCUUCUUGAGAAGGAUUGAGAAUAUUCGCAUUAUUAUUAUUAUAUUUUUAUCUUGCCUUUAAAAAUCUAACGACUUUGAUGCUAUAGUUUUAGAUGUAAAGCAUCUUGAGAAAAAAAAAAAGAGAACAUUUUGACUUCAUAUAUUCACCUUUGGAAAAUGUAAAAUUAUUAAGCCUGAAUCUACCCAUCAGGCACAAACUGGUGUCACCAUAUGCCCUCCUGGGCAGUAAAGGGGUCACAGCCAGCAUUAUGCAAAUCCUGUUAAAUAGGUGAUUUUAGAGGCAACGGUAACCAGAAGAAUGGAGAAGCUGCUAUAUUUACGGUUAAAGACCUCUGUCCCCGCUUCUUUCUGGACACUUCUGGGCCAAAGUGAUCCCUCGUUGGCCCCACUCCUGGCCAGAUCCUCCCCUUUCAGGGUGAAUAGUAAAUAGAAAAUAAACAACAACAACAAAAAACAACUUCUUUCUCUGGCUGUCUCCCUUGUCCUGGCCUAAAUCAUGUACGUAAAACAUAAAUGUUGUUGGACAUUAAGUGCCCUCAAAACUGGCCCCAUUCUUGAAAGAUUCAGAUAAUUACACGAUAGAUUAUUUAUUCAAUCAUUAUUGAGUUGUUUUCUUUUUGCCAUGAAAAUAGCCAUACUCCCCUGCAUUACUUAAGUUGAGGAAGAGGCUGAAAGUUGUACAGACUCACGCUCUAAUGCCACAGUCAUGUCCAAGUACCCCAUGUUUACAGUUCAGAAACUGUGACAUAAACUGUGUCACAGACUUCAUUUGUGUAAAUCCAGUGGAAAUUCCAUCUUUCACUGGACAGUGAUGACUGCAUACUCAUUCCUUUCAAUCAUGCUCCUUGGCUUAAAAUAUUAGGGGUGACCUGUGCAUCACACUUACCAGCUUUGUGAGGCAAAGAUCCAGGUCAAGACAUAUUUUUGGCUUGAAUUAUCCAGGAUUAUUGCCUCUGUUUUCUACAUUGCCAAAUAGAAACAGCAGACUGGUUGAUAAUUCUGCUAAAUGAUUGAUAUGUGCUUUCAUACAUGCUGUCUUUAUUGUGCAUUAACCAUCAAUGAAGGGUUUUGAAAAUGCAAAGAGAAAAAAAAUGUGGUGCAGGAGAAUAAACUUUGGUUUAAGGGUCCAAGGAUAGGCGUUUCUUUAAAAGCAUUAUGUACAAUACAUAGAAAUGUUGACUAAAUUCCAUCUUUCUAAAAUCAAUUACUAUUUUAUAAAUAUUAAGAAAGAAUUCAAUUACAAUUUGCCAAGUUAAACAAAAAAAGAUAUAUUUAUAAUACUUCUAGAGGGAAAUAAUUUCCAAGAUUUCUUAUAUGGACAAUUUUGAAUAGUAUCUUACCAAAGGGUGAUGUAUCACCAUUCUCUUUCCUAAACAAUGUAAAUCAUAUAUCCCAGGAGGGAGGGAAAAUAGUAAUGUACAAGCUCAUGGUGGUUCAAUCAGCAUUACUGGGAUGAGGGGAACAGAAAAACAAACAAAUAUAUCUGUUUCCUAAAAGCAAGCAGUGAACAUAAAGGUAAAUUUGUUAAUGGAAUGUAGACUAUUAUGUAAACUUUCUUGUAAAUUCUGUACAUAGUUCAUUGACCUGUUCCCUGUUGCGUGGUGGUCCUCAGCUUUGGGUGGAUGUUAAAAAAAUCUGAUCAUUGUAAAUAACGUAAACUUACAAGGCAUUUGCUUUUCCUCAUGAAGUGAAAUGACUAGUGAUUUGGGCCCAAACCAGAAUCUAUUUAGCUGUUGCUCUUUCUCUGCCAUUUUGUGUGUGCAGUUGUGUAACUCUGCUGCAAGCCAUAGCCAGGUGUCUGUGAUCACUGCCUCAUUCCCCUACCCCACUGAAAGGGACAGCAGCUGAUGAGAAGGCUGCAAGCCUGUGGGGCUCGGGAACAGUGCACCAGCAGAAACGGAAACUGUAGCAAGCUGCUCCUUGAACUGCAUCAUAAAGAUAUUUGUUGUUAUCAGUCAUUUGUGGCUAUUCAUAUAUUCAGAUACUGAAUUAUCCAUGCUGUUGAGGGGGUCAGGAAUGGAAGAGAUAUUCAAAAUCCACAGGUAAUCCAAAGCUUUAUUUGCACCAGUAGCUUUAGCUUCUAACUUCUUCCUUCCAGUUUCCCAGAACUUCUAUUAAGAAUAGAAGUGAAUGAAUGGGUUUGAUCAGGGUAAACAGUCAAAUGUCCAAAUGAUGGGAAGGAGCAAAGGAAGAGACAGUAAAUGACUGAUAACACCAACAGGCUGAUUCAUUCCUGAAAGAUCCAGAGGUAACUAUGUCAUUGUUUUUUAAAGGCAAAGAGAAACAUUGAUAUACAUUGGGAUUUGAAAAAGUCUUUUUGGCCAGACAUGGUCAUUCAUGCCUGUAAUCCCAGUACUUUGAAAGGUCAAGGUGGGAGAAUCACUUGAGGCCAGAAGUUUGAGACUAGCCUGACAACAUAGCAAGGACUCUCUUUAUUAAAAAAAAAAAAAAAAAAAAUUAGCUGGGUGUGUUGGUAUGCACCUGUAAUCCUAGAUACUUGGGAGGCUGAGGUGGGAGGAUCACUUGAGCCCAGGAGUUCAGAUGAGCUACGAUCUUGCCACUGCACUCCAGCCUGGGCAACAGAAUGAGACUCUGUCUCUUUAAAAUUAAAAAAAAAGAGAGAGACAGAGAGAAAAAGUAAAAAAAACAUAAGUAUUUUUCAGCUGGAGAUAAGGAUAUGUGUGAUAUGUGCUAAUUAAGCUUAAAAGAGUCUGGUAAUUAAGUGUUCUCAAAUACAUUUCUCCCAAAUAUUGCUAUUCCUGAAAAAGUCUUCAGAAUGGUGGGAUAUUAUGCCACAAGAUGUGUUUCCAUGCAAACUGGCAGUCCCAGGGAGAGCAAUGAUGUCUAUAGAAAUUCAGAAUAUCCAAGUCAGCUUGUUUCUUAGUAAUGUUUUAGAGCAGGCAUGUCUUUUUUGGAGGUAAAAACUUUGCAAGGUAGGACUUUUUGUACCAACAUUUUAAGUGCCAGAAGAGUUCAGUAAGCCAUUAUUUUGAAACAUAUUGGUUCUAAAAUGUGCCAACUAGGGUCCAUCAUCAAUUGAGAAAGAAAAAUGCUUUUUUUGAACUAAUGAGGUCAGCCAAUUACUAGUUCCAGAACACACUGUGCUUUUACUUUAGCCAUGCUUUUUUUUAUAAGAUAACUGAAAUCAACUAAGUAGAGAGAAAACAUAAUUUUUGGAGGCUGCAAUUUCACUGAAAGCAUUUUGAAGUAUAUCAUUUUUAAUAAAAGAAUUGCAAACCAGAGAAUAAUAAGCUCCUGGAAGGAUAAAGGUAAAGAGUUUUGUUUAUUACUUCUCCUAUAGCAAGAAUUUCCUAUUCAAAGUUGUUCGUUUGGGUUUUUUGUUGGGUUGUUGGUUUUGUUUUGUUUUGUUUUGUUUUCUAAUUAAAGAGUCCUUGUUAUAACAAGAGACUCACAACCAUUCCCUACUUGCCCCUGGAUACUUUGCAUAUCCUGAAAACACCAGCACUCAUCAGAAAGCCUGCAGACCAGUCAGAAUUCAAGGUGGGAAAAGUAGGUGUAUUUCUGAACCAUUUGGGAAGGAAAAUCAUUCUUCUGAACAACACUGCCUGCAUUUCUGUUUCUGCAAUCGAAAAACAGACCAAUAAAAGAAAGGCCAAAUAGCAUUUUCAUUUGCCUUAGGCUUACAGGGUCACAGAUUCAUUAGCUUAAUACAGCUUCAUUUGGAAGCCAAAGGAUUAGCAAGAGCAAUCAGUAUUGCUACCGGGCUCUUGCUUCUUCUUCCUGGGUUUUUUGUUUUGUUUUUCAGAGAAACAGGGAAGGAUGACAUUUUCUAAUAUAAUUGUUUAUAGGUACAAAUUAUUAAAAUAUGGUAUGUGUGCAUUUUGCAGGUUUGAAUUGGGUAAAAUAGAUUACGUCUCCUGUCUUCUUUCCUUCACACACUGUAUAGCAUCCUGCCUCAUGUUAACCCAAUGAAAUUGAUUCCAUUAUUUUCCCCUUUCUUAUUUCCAAACCACCUAAGCUAUCAUGCUCAUGAAAAGUCGAAAGCUUUGACUUCUCUGGAGUCAUAUUGUGUAUUUUCAGUUGAAUUCAUUAAAACAAUGAAUUUAAAUAACUUUUUCUAAAUUCUUAUUCCUGUUGCCUUUAAAAGUCCUUGGGAGGCAGGUUGUAUAAUCAUAAUAGCCUCCUCUAAACUGCCUUGAGUUAUUUUUCUUUUCUGCUUUUCUGUCACUUAUAUAAAGAGUACAUGUGUUUACAUAAACCUUCUCACUCCCAGCCUAUUUCAAAAUAAAGUGGAAAUAAAAUUCUUCAGCUCAAUCUUA